AUGGAACGCGUCAAAACGGAGAUUCGGGAUGAAGUGACCCAUAAAUGGCAGUAUGAAUGGGACUGCGAACCUAACGGUCGAUGGACACGAAGGCUGAUCAAAGAUUUGACAUCGUGGACGAGCCGGAAGCACGGGACUGUGGACUUCCAUACAACCCAAAUGCUGUCCGGCCACGGGUGCUUUGGGCAAUACCUUUGGAGGUUUAAAAAACUGGAGGACCCAAGGUGCGCUGACUGCGGGGAACCCACAGACGACGCAGAGCACGUGAUGUUCCGGUGCGGCAGAUGGGAGAAGGAUCGCCGCGCAUUAGAGGUGGAAUUGGAGGAAUCGAUAGACCCAGACAACGUCGUAGCCAUUAUGCUCAAGAGAAACACAAACUGGGACGCUGUCAAAGGAUUCAUCAGAAAGGUGCAGUCCAAGAGGGAAGAAGAUGAAAGACUCAGACAGAAUGGAAACCUUUAG